AUGGAAGCCACGGUACCAGACAAGGAUGGCACGCCAACGAGUCUAUGGGAAGCGGCAUUCGAUACCUUGUCGGCAGAAGACAAGGAGGUCCUCGAAUUUACCCGCACCGACGUGCGAUUCCAACCUUCGGAGCUUAUGAAAGUGGUGGAGAAAAAGAAGCAGGAAUGUCUCGAAAAGCAGUGGUCCUUCACGAAUAAGGCGGGUAAGCGAGUGCUCGUGCGUGACGUUCUCGCCAAGGUGGUCGACUGGAUCGAAAAGUUCAAACAGGUGGGCGACGUGGCAGUACAGUACGAUCCCGGCCAUGCGGCGAUUCCCUGGGCGGCCGUAAUGAUGCUUCUCCAGGUGACAGUAAACGAUACGCAGACGUUCGGCACCAUGGCCGAGGGCCUCGAGCGCAUAUCAUCCAUCGUUGCCCUGUAUACCCAUCUAGAGGCCAAGGUUCUUAUCCGGAACUCCGUUCUUACCAGCCAGCUCUCCACGGCUCUCGUCAAGCUCUACGGCUCGGCAUUGCGGUUUCUCGCGAAUGCUUGCAGGUAUUACGCACAGAGCACUCUGAAGCGAACGUUGAAGAGCAUCGGCAGAACCGCCAAGAUGACGGUUGAGGAGCCCAUGCUCCGCAUUGAAGAAGACGAGAAUGCUGUGUACAAGCUCCUGUCCCUCGUACAGAAUGAGAGCUCAGGUCUUCAGUUGGAUGACAUCCUCGGGAGCAUUAAACAAAGUGUCGAGAGCUUCUACGCGUCCAACGAGGAGCGGUCUAAGCGUUUAUCACUAUCAACCUGGAUCAACGGUAUCGACACCAAAAACACGUAUGAAGCGGCGCUUCAAAACCGUCACGAAGGCACCUGCGAGUGGGUUCUGAGGCUGGAUAGAUUCCGACUUUGGGCAUCAGGCGAUCAGGCAAAGAAUAUACCGCUGUCGUAUUUCUUCUGUAUGGCAGACAGCCAGGCAACCCGCGACCCGUACGCCAUCUUGCGAUCCUGGUUGGCGCAGAUGCUGGGACAAGACCAAUCCAUCGUCUCAGUCAUGGACAGCGUCCACAAGGCGCGAAAGAGGGAGCAGACAUUGACACACUCAGGCUUGUGGCAGCUCUUCGUCGCCGUGGGCUCGGCCGUCGAUGGGUGCACGUUUGUCGUGGACGGAUUUGACGAAUGCGUCGACAUUGACACCGGAGCCCGCUAUCAUCAUGGUGACCCGAGAAAUCUCUUUCUCCGAGAUUUAGUUAUAAACCUGGCAAAAACCAAGUCACGGGUCCUGGUGGUUAGCAGAGACGUGCCGGACAUCCGAGAAUAUCUGGGGAAAGAUGGGUCAACCGGAGCGGAAUCAUGCGUCGGGAAGCUAGAAUAUGGCAUAACGUCCAAGGACACCACGGCCGACGUGGAAUCCUUUUCGGAACACAUGGUCAACACCAAGCUUCCCAGGAAAAAGGCAGAACUACGGCACAAGAUCGCUGCACAGGCGGCCGAGCGGAGUGAGGGCAUGUUCCUCUGGAUCAAGCUCCUCGAGCAGACCAUCUCACCGGGGCAGAAUGCGAAGCAGUUGGUCAAGACAGUGGCGGAAAUGCCCUCUGGAAUCAGCGAGGCGUACUCUUCCGAGCUGGAGAAAAUUGUUCGGCUCCCCCCCGACGAGAAGGAUCAGGCGGUCAUGAUCCUGCGGUGGACACUGUUUGCCAUCGAGCCUCUCCAAGUAAAGGAACUCGCCGAAGCACUUGUUGUAUCGGGUGAGGAGCUUGAAGAGUAUCCAUACGACGACCUCCCCGACUCCUGGUGUGACGGCUUCGUCGAUGAGGACUAUGUCAAGGAGAUGAUUCUCGGCAGGUGUGGGUCCCUUCUACAGCUGAAGUCGACGUCAACCGACCAGCAGUUGGCAGAUUACACGGUUCACUUCGUCCAUUUUUCGGCGAAGGAGUACCUCUCCAAAUUAUCUCGGAGCACCGUUAUUUCCAACCAAUGGGCAGAAGAUCUUGGUCUCGGCGAGCCGGCCGUUGAGGAGGCUCGUAUAUCCAGCAUAUGUCUUCGCUACCUCACGCUCAGCCCGUUCGAGGAUAUUCCACCCAACGCGCAUGUCUACCCUUUCCUCUCCUACGCCGCCUGGGCCUGGUACUUACACAGCUUUCGUGACAAGCCCACGCCGUCCCAGAAUAUCAUGCACCUGGCCCAGAGAGUCUUUGACCCAAACACGUCGAGAUGGCGCGUCUGGACGCCCCUCAUGGAGGCCAGACUAGCCGAAUUGAAGCUCUACGGCUGGAGAUUCCGGGAGGCCGACACCAUUGAAGCCGAUCAACUUAUAUACUAUGCCUCCCUUCUAGGUCUUACCGACGUUGUCUGCUGGCUCGAGGACCAAGGGCUCGACUGCAGCUGCGUUGGCGGCUACUUCGGCUUCCCUUUGCAAGCUGCCGUGGUCAGUGGCCAGGAGGACCUCGGGCAUGCUAGCGAUGGCUUGGUCAUGCUAGCGUACCGUGGCGAUUUUGAGGGAGUGAAGGUGUUGCUUUCCGGGCAGACCCGGUCGCAGCACGUCCUCGGGGAAGCAAUGAAUGCUGCGGCGGCCCGCGGGCAUGUGCGUGUCGUGGACCUCUUCCUUCGCCACGGCGCAAGGCCCAAUCUCCAGGACAUCAACGGACGAACGGCCCUGCACCACGCAGCGCGGUACCUUCACGGUCAAGUGGCCGGCUUGCUCAUCGAGCACGGGGCGGGUACCGAGAUCAUGGACCUGUAUGGGUCGACGCCAAUUGACCCGGCUAUCCUAAACGGAAAUGGCGCAACCGCGUUUAUUUGGAAUCGCCUGGACGACUUUCCCGUCGCCAUCAACCGCCGGCUCUCGCUUUUAACCCCCCACACGCCUGAUCACACGGCGGACCCGGUUUUGAUGGGCGUCAGGAGGGCGAUAACCGGGAGGUGGGAGGAGAAUUAUCAGUACCGAGUGGCUAGAGUGGGGCCGUUCAACACCUUUUUUCUUGAAAUACCCCCCGAGACGCCAGAGGGUUCCCGGCCCUCAACGUUCUCAAUGGUCGGGAAGGAUAGAGUCGGUCCCUUUUAUCUCCAGGGGUUUGUCGACUUCGUCGGGGCGGUCUGGUUUGUGAAACUGUACCAACGUCGGGGGUGGCUGUAUCGCGGGGAGGUGUUGAAGGGAACACGUGGGAGUAAUCGAAAGCGGUGGUUCUGGACAUUUGACCUGAGACGGAUGUGGUAA